ACUGUUGUUUGUUGUCCAACUCCAGCAUAGGAAAACAAAAAGUCAAAGAGGAAAAGUGAACAGAACUCAGAAAAGAAAAAAUGGUGGAAUCGAAGCAAAGCUACGAGGAAUGCCGGAGAAAGAGAAUAGAAGAGAACAAGAAGAGAAUGGAAGAGCUCAAAAUAGGCAAACUCGCUCUCGCUUUCAAAGCCUCCACCACUCCUAAAUCCUCUCCGGUGAAGCGAUCGAGAGUCACUCCAGAUAUCUCUUCAUUACCGGUCCGAAGAUCGAGUCGGAUCGCCAGCAAGACCCGAGUCCGAACCGCCAAAAAUCUCUCACACAACAAACCUCCUUCAAAACCACCCGUCAUCAGAUUCGAGUCCGCCGACCCGUACCCGACAGCCUUCGUCAAAGCUGACCUUUCCUCAUUCAAACAAGUGGUCCAAAUGCUCACCGGAUCCUCUAAUCAAGCCACGACGGUACCCGACCCGCCAUCCGAAACCAAAACAAAAAUGGUGGAAUCGAAGCGAAGCUAUGAGGAAUGCCGGAAACAGAGGCUGGAAGAGAACAAGAAGAGAAUGGAGGAGCUCAAUAUUGGCAAGCUAGCUCUCGCUCUCAAGGCCUCCUCCACUACUCCUAAGUCCUCUCCGGCAAAGCAGGUGAAGAGGCCAAGAGUAUCACUUGAUGUCUCUUCUGUCCCGGUCCGAAGAUCAAGUCGAACUGCCAACAAGCCCCCUCCCAAUUACAAGGAAGUACCAAUUGAACCCUUGGGGAGUCUCAGAAGGAGCUAUCGGCGGGGAUCUUUGUUGAGCCGAUUUUAUGCUUCAGAUGGUGCAAGACAGGAUGCCAUUGAGAGAGCAGAACAGCUUGAAUCGGAUUUGGGAUCUGAUUUCCCAACAUUUUUAAAGCCCAUGCUCCAGUCACAUGUCAGUGGAGGAUUUUGGCUGGGUCUGCCAGUCUACUUUUGCAAGGAACACCUUCCCAACGAGGAUGAGAUGAUAACUUUGGUAGAUGAGGAUGAAGAUGAGUUCCCAACAAAAUACCUUGCUGAAAAAAAUGGUCUUAGCGGUGGUUGGAGAGGGUUUGCUAUUGAUCAUGAACUAGUUGAUGGGGAUGCAUUAGUGUUCCAGUUAAUUAACCCUACUACUUUUAAGGUGUACAUCAUUAGGGCAUCUGAAUUACCGUACGAUGAAGACAGGGACAAGGAUUCAGACGCCUCAAAGUUGGACAACAAAGACAAGGGCAAGGAUUCAGAUGCCUCAAAGUUGGACAAUGAAGACAAGGACAAGGAUUCAGAUGCCUCACAGUUAGACAGGAUUGCCAAAAGAACCAGAGCAAGCAGAAAGCGUAGUCUUUGAUACUUCAAGAAAGCUGUGGUACAGAAUUGGAAUUUUGUGUUUCCUCUGCAAUGUACCAAUUUUGGUUCAUCAUUCUUGAGGUUUUUGUCUAGGUUAACUUUUUUUCUUAACAUUGUUAUUUAGUAUACUUGGGAUUUAGGAAUGCUUUUUCAGCUCUUUUAAUUAGCCAGAUUUAUCAAUGGAAUGUAUUUUAAUAUAAUAGCAAUGACUGUAAUAUUAUGUCUUAUAAUGUUAA